AGGUCUUUUUGCAAGUGUGAUUUCAACAGCCAAAUCCGCGGACUGAUUGUCAUUGCAUCGCGGAAAAACGUCCCAACAGGUGUUUGGGGUCUCAACACUGGCACGACAUUUUUGGUCUGUGUGGACAAUUACAGCGGCCACUUCAGACGACAGUUCCCACCAGAAACAAGGAAAAUGCACAAUGGCGACCCCGACCCCUGAUAAACCCACCCUCAUCCUGCCCAAGAAUUGGCCAGCAGACAUCCCCUACCUCUACACCCCGCGGCACUCGCCAGCACUAACGGAAUCCCAACUGGCCGCCAUCCGCAUCCCCCCAGCCCGGGCCGCCGCCCCCAACACCACAGCACCAAGCACCAUCCCGCGCAGUCUGCGCCGCGGGCCCUGCCCCGCCGUCGAGAUCCGUACCAUCACAGACCCGCGGCACCCGGCGGCGGGCCAGCGCGGGCUCUUUGCCGCGCGGCGGCUAGAGCCGGGCGCGCUGGUGCUGCCGUACCUGGGCGAGGUGCACCCGGGCAUCAUGGCCGAGCCGCCGCAACCGCAGAAGGACGACGGGGGCCGGCAGCGGCAACAGCAGCAGUACAGCUACGCAGAGUCAGACUACGACCUGUGGCUAUCGCGCGACGCCGACGUGGCCGUGGACGCGGCGCGGUGCGGCAACGAGGCGCGCUUCGUCAACGACUACCGCGGCGUGCCCGGCGCGGUGCGCGCCAACGCCGAGUUCAGGGAGGUCUGGGACCCGCGGCCGCAGCCGCGGCCCCGCGCGCCGGCUCCGGCCGCGGACGGCGGCGGGGAGACCGAGGCGCCGGGUGAACGUUUGCCGGUCGUGGCGGGGGAGUGGACGAUGGCGGUGUUUGUGCUGCCGGUGGGGAAGAAGGCGCUCGCGAGGCAGCAGGAGCUGCUGCAGCUGCUGCAGCAGAAAAGAGGCAAGGGUUCCCGGGGCGGAGCUGGGCCUGGCGGUGGGCGAAAAGAUGGGCCGCUCCGUGGGAUCAACGAAGGGGAGGAGAUAUUGGUUAGCUACGGCAAGGGGUUCUGGGAGAAGCGAAGACAAGAAAGUGAGGCUGGUGGUCGAGGAGAACCAGACGAGCUACAAAAAGCGCCUCCCUAAAACCACCUAGGGAUCCAAUCCACACAAGGAAUUCUGAUGAGCCAUGGUGAAAACCAAGGCCCGGAGCUUGGGGGCCCGUUUACUGGUUCAACACUCGGCAUCUCGAAUUAGGUUGGAAACUGGGCUAAGACAUCAAAACCCGGGGUAAGAAGAUCGUCGCAGUGGAGAGACGCGAUAUCGAGAUGGGACGUCUUUCUUCGUUAUUGGAGGAAAUGUAUUCCCGUGCCGUUACAUCCUACCUCAAACAAACAACGGCCAAUUCUUCCGGCUGCGACUGUCUGUUGGCUAUCCAUGAACAAUCACCAAAGUUUUAUCGCGCACCA